GUCCAUACAAUCCCAUACAAUCCCAUACAAUUUGUAAUUUAGUCAAACUCUCCACAAGAAUCAGACGAACAUACCCGCUUAGACGCAUUUAUCCAAGAACUAAAUCCCCUUAAGCUCGUCUAGGGCCACAAGACAAGAUGUCGGCCUGGUAUAGCAACCUUGUCGGUGCGACAACUUCGAAAAUCUCCAAUCUCCAACGAACGUUCCUUAGUAGCGAAGCCGACGGCGAUACCGAGGACGAUACGCACGUGUGCAGAGUCCUUCGAUCUUAUUACACCGAGAAAGGCAAGCCGUUUCCUUCGUGGCUACCACCAGACCCUAAAGCGCCUCCUCCAGUUGCUGCAGUAUACGCGCAGCCGUCGCAAGUCGGUUCGAGAUACGGUGGUCUUACUCAGCAACCCCAAGGUGGUCUAAGUUCGCUUUGGGACAACAAUCCAGUGUCACAGCCGCAAGAUGCACAAAGUCUAAGGAGAGGUAGGGGCGCACCUCCUGGUAUACGGAAUAACGACCCUAGGAACAGUCCGUUCCGUAAUUCGGACCCUACGGUCGGACGGGAAGAGGUGUCUGCAAGACCGUUGCCCAGCCAAAGAGCCGGAAGCUACCAGACUGCCGGGACAGCACCGCCCACCACUUCGUCUGGAGGUUCGGCACAGGAUAGGCUGAAGCAGCGACUGUUCGGUGGCUCGAGGACAACAAGUCCUGUAGCAACUGGACCUUUUCAACCUCCGCCGCAGAAUAAUUCUAGAGGAAACAUCAACAACAACAAUUCCGGAAGUGGAAAUUAUGAGGAUAGGUUUGCACCUGGGGGUAUGUACGAUGGAGGUUCUAAGGGUAGCGGUCCUCCAUAUGACUCGGGAUCGGGAAGUGGAGGCAGGCCCGGGGGCAGGCGGCUAGGAGGCCUACCGAGCGGGCCUAAGAUGAGAUGAGGCUUUUGUUAGAUGGACGGAACUGUAAGACACUUUCCGUUUGGUUGCGCUGUCCUGGGAUCUUGAAAUUUGGAAUUAGGAAUCGAGACAGGGGAUGGAGAUGAGGCUAUAUCGGACGCCAAGCUGCGGGAGGCAGGGUGCGAA